CGUAUAUCAGUCAUUUCUGCUCUUCAAUUGCCAAAAAAUUCAUUUAAAUUCAGUUAAUUCCAAAACGUGAAACCAAAAGCACACAAAAAUCCAAGGAGGUCCUGUAAAACAUUUUAAAAGGAUUAUAAAAUGAGAGCAUGGAAUAUAUGUUCUGUCAUUAUUUUGAUUGGUUUGGGAACCACUUCAGUUAUCUCGCAGGAGUGCCCUACCAUAUCAAAUAUUGAAUCAUCAUUCUGUGAUUCCCUGCCAAGCGGAUGCUAUAAAUAUCCCUACGACUGCAAUGCCUAUGUAUCCUGCAAUGAUUCCUGUGCGGAUUUGGAGUACUGCCCCGGGGAGAAACUCUUUAAUGACGAUCUGCGUAUCUGCGACACACCAGAAGCCGUGGAGUGCACACCCAUGCCUUAUCCCACCACGGAAUCUCCACUAACUGACCCUUGUUUCGGAAAGGAUAACCAAACCCUACUGCCCUCCGUUGACGACUGUAGCAAUUUCAUCCUAUGUGUGAAUGGAAAAAGCGAGAUAUAUCGGUGUCCUGGUGACCUUCUAUUUAACCCCAACUUGGGUAUUUGUGAUUUCGAAGACGAGGUGUGGUGUGAUAGUAAUCGGACAACACCAGACUGGGAAGAAACCACAGCCUCAACGCAAGAGAUUUUCACCAAAUGCGUGGGCCAAAGCAUGGGUACCUCCUUUCCAAUCACCAGCAAUUGCCAACAAUACUACUAUUGUUUGGAAAACAACUCCUACGUAAUUCUACCCUGUCCCGCCAACAAUUGGUACAAUCCCAUGAGCGGCAACUGCGGACCUGAUAUUUCACCAGAAGCUUGUCGGGAAGUUUUAACAACCCCCCUGCCCACUACAUCUCUAGCCACUACUGUCGCAACCACUUCUACCGUGGCAGAGAAAAGAAAUCCUUGUGAGGAUCAGGACGUAGGCACUUCCUUUCCUGUAGAGGCAGACUGCCAGCAAUAUCUGGUGUGCCUCGGCAAUGGUAAAUCAGCAACGGCCAAAUGUCCCACGAAUUCCUGGUUCGAUCCAAGUAGUGCCGACUGUGGACCGAAUGUCUCACCCACUGCUUGCCUCGCGGCUUUCACUACAACCACGGAAAUACCCAAAGAAACCACUACGGAAAGCUCGGAAGAUUUGUGCGCCAACCAGGAAUUGGGAGUCUCGUUUCCUCUGCCGACUAACUGCCAGCAGUACAUACUCUGCAUGGGAAAUGGAAAGUCUACGGUUGCAAAUUGUAUUUACAAUUCGUGGUACGAUCCACAAACUGGCAUUUGCGGCCCGGACGUGUCGCCUACGGCUUGUCAGGAAACCGGAACUUCUACAGUAUCCUCUACUUCCGAAUCAACUCCCGCGAGCGACACCACGGACAGCAGUACAAGUUAUACCACCGUGGAGCCGGAAACAACUACCAACCCACCAGAUAUUUCAGGUAUCUGUUACGGGCAAAGCAAAAAUCAGUAUGUGUCUUACCCUGAUGACUGCAGUAAAUACGUUAUCUGCGCUAGCCCCGUGCCGAUUGCCUUUUACUGUCCGGAAAACUUAUUCUUUAAUCAAGCUCUUCAGAAGUGUGUGGAGUGGGAUUUGAGUGAUUGCCCCGCGGGCGAAGACACAACUGUCUCGCCUGGCUUUACGCAACCGCCACCGGAAACUUCGAUUUGUUUCAACAAGACCGGCAUUAACUUGCCAUAUAAGGAGAACUGUGAAUGGUUUAUACGGUGCAUAGAUGACAGCUCCUACAUGAUGGGAAUUUGCAUAACUGGAGAGUUCUUUGAUCCCUUGAGAGGAGAGUGUGACGGCGAUGUUGCCCCGGACGCAUGUCGCGAAGACUUCGCUUCAACGACAGCCGCAACCGAAUCUACCCCAACCGGAACUACAGAAUCUACCACUUUGAGUACACCAAGUUCCGAGGUUGAUCCGUGCGAGGGUCAACCCAUUGGAAAACUAGUUCCAUAUCCAAAUGACUGCACCAAGUUUAUAAUUUGCAUCCAACCCAAGCCCAUGGUCUACGAUUGCGUUGCGGGACAAGAGUUCAGUGCCACCUUGGAGCGUUGCAUGGCACCGUGGUAUGCCAACUGCAGUAUUCCUCUUACAACACCGACCCAUCCUCCGCCCACAACAACCACGAUUUCAACAACUACUACUAUAACAACGCCAUCGCCGGAUAGCUUUUGUGUCGGACAGCUUGAAGGAGCUGUGGUGCCGUAUCCUAGAAACUGCAGCAAGUAUAUAGUGUGCGCUGAUCCCAUUCCUGUAGGCUACGCCUGUCCAGGAGACGAAGAGUUCAGUCCCAUAGAACUUACCUGUAUGGAUGCUGAAAAGGCCGACUGUAAUCCCAACAGCUUCAAAUCUAAGCCAUAAAAAGAAAAUAAUUAAAAGUUGCAUGUUUUAUUGUACAUAUUAGAUUGUAAAAGCAAUAGUUUGUGAAAUAUUUGAUUUUAAAUUAUUAAAACACUUGACAGUAAGUUCGAUCAGUGCCGCAAGAAACUUUCUGGGGAUUCCAGUACAAGUCACCGGGACAAACGAGCA